AUGCCGGGUUUCGACUUCUCCAAUUACAACCGCAACGCGGCCCUCCACGCCAGGGGCGUCCCCCUCCCCAAAGCUACCAGCACCGGUACAACAAUUGUUGGCUGUAUUUACGAUAAUGGCGUUGUGAUUGCCGCAGAUACCAGAGCUACCAGCGGUCCUAUAGUAGCAGACAAGAACUGCGAGAAACUACACUACAUCUCGCCGAAGAUCUGGUGUGCUGGCGCCGGUACAGCCGCCGACACCGAAUUCACCACCGCCCUCAUCAGCUCCAACGUCGAACUGCAUUCCCUAUCGACGGGCCGCGAUCCGCGCGUCAUCACCUGCAUGACGAUGCUCAAGCAGCACCUGUUCCGGUACCAGGGUCACAUCGGCGCGUACCUGGUGGUUGCUGGCGUGGACCCGACCGGCGUGGGUUUGUUCACUGUUCACGCGCACGGCUCAACAGACAAGCUGCCGUACGUGACCAUGGGCUCGGGCUCACUGGCGGCGAUGUCGGUGUUCGAGUCGAUGUGGCGGCCCAACCUGGACCGCGAGGGGGCCAUCGCGCUCUGCUCCGAGGCCAUCAAGGCGGGUAUCUUCAACGACUUGGGGUCCGGCAGCAAUGUCGACGUGUGCGUUAUCUCGAAGGAUAAGCCCACCGAGCUACUGCGCAACUACAUGAAGCCCAAUGAGCGCGGCCUCAAGGAGCGCAACUACCGCUUCCCCAAGGGCACCACCGCGUGGCUGAACCAGAAGAUCAUCAGCAAGGAGGAUAUGAAGAAUUAUGUGACCAUCGAAAACUUGUCGGGCAGUGACGAGCUGGCGACUGGGGAGAAGAUGGAGGUGGAUUCUUAA